UAAAGAACUAAAUUUCCGAUUGAAGUGCAGCAGAAAUGGGUUCAAGUAACCAACAUUCUCUUGUAUACAUUAAAGAAUAUUAUCAUUCAGAAAACGAAUCGGAUGACACAGGGCCUGGGUUCAUCAUCAAAGGAAACUCCAGCACUUUCAUUGGACAUGCGCUUGCUGCCAAACUGGUUUUGUUUCAAAGGAGGACUUGUUAUAAAUUCAGCCACAAAUCUAAAAUUGGGACUCUCGGAGAUAGAUGAUGAUGAUGCUCAUGGUCAUGAUCAUGAUCAUAGUUCUACAAAAGCAGAUGAACCUAAGGAGACGAAGCCGCAGGAGCCUAGCCAGGAGCUUCCUGAGCACAAGUUUUUGAAGAUGUGUCCUCAUUGUGUUAAAGCUUCUCCUGUUGUCAACCCUGUUGUCCACACUUCGCCUGAUAUCACUCAGUUCCUUACACAUUACCAGCAGCAUAAACAAAUCAUAUAA